AUGGUUAAAUUGAACGUCAACUUGAAGGCUGAGUUGGAUAACUUGACUGAUCUGCAGGUCGAAGAUCCGAUGAAUUAUCAAUACUUUUUCAAAGUUAAAUGCUCCAACUGUCAUGAAAUUCAUAAUAAUUGGGUCGGAAUCAGCAGAUCGGAAGAAUACCCGCUUUCAGGCUCCAAGGGAAGCUCGAAUUUCGUGUGGAAAUGCCAGCUUUGUCAAAGAGAAGCCUCCGCAUCGUUCAUAGAUCUCAAGGCGAAGGCCUUCCCGAUGUACACCAAGACGCAAAGCCAGGAACACAAAUCCCAGGCAAUCUGUACGGUCGAAUGUCGAGGAUGCGAAUUCGUCGAAUACGAUAUCCGAGGUUCAUGGACUUGUAAAGGAGCAGAAAGCGGGACUGAGUUCCAAGGGAUUGAAUUUGACGACGGAGAAUGGCAUGAUUAUGAUGAGAAAAGCGGCUUGCCGGUCAGCGUGACAAAUGUUAAAACUGAAAUCGUCCGGGCAUGA